GACGACCUCGGCGAGCUCUACUACCAGGACGAAGAGAACGUUGUGGACUAUGACCAGUCCUGGGAUGAUUUCUACUGGGCUGACGAUGGCUGGUCCUGGGUAGAGCCCGCGGCUAUGUCGGAGUACUGGCUUGAUGGGCCAGACUACUGGGACUAUGAAGGCGAGUCCUGGAACGAGUCGGAUGAGGCCUGGACGGACGCAGACUACGAGGGCUACUAUGACGAGCAUCCGGACUAUCACAACGAGGCCACAGCCGACGAUGCCAGCAACGCCGAUGACUCAUCGUUGUCACCCAAGGCAAGCGAGAACUACCCGAUGAAAGGUGGCAAGGGCGUCGGCUGCUCGGUCUGCGGUUCUCGCUGGCAUUCAUCGUCAUCUUGUCCCGUUGGUGGAGCGAAAGGAAAAGGCGGCUACCGUGGAUCAGGAAAAGGCUACGGCAAAGGCUACGGCAAGGGCAAGAAGGGCAGCUCCAAGUCCAAAGGCAAAGGCAAGGGAAAAUGGCAGCCAAGAAAAGGAAAGGGCAAGUCGAAAGGCUACUACGGAUACAGUACGAAGACUCUGACUCAGAGCUUCACUGCCAGUCGCCCUUCCUGGACUCCGGAGCGACCCAAGACCGUCCACUUCCGCCUGGACCACGACGAGAGGGACACGAUCAUCAACCUCCGGAACACCAAGGACGACCACGAGAAGGCAGACAGGUCCGAGUCGGCCACGGGCAGCCACGAAGCAACCGCCAAAAGAUUGGACUUCACCUUCGCGACCAGCAUCUACAAUGCCACCACCACGUACCACACUGUGCGCGGUGAGAAACGGAGGGGCUUGCUGGUGGAUCCUGGAGCAGCUUCGGGUUUGAUCGGAAGUGAAACCCUCCGGGAUUUGAUGGACAGCUGCUUGGAUCAGGCCCACCGUGAUGAGGUGAAGUGGUGUCACGACAAGACGAACAACGUCAGUGGCAUCUCCGGAACCCCGGAAGCCACUCUGGGGGAAGUGCAUCUGCCCUUACGUAUGUCAGGCGUGGCUGGCACCUUCUCAGCAGAUGUUCUUGGAGGUGAAGGUUCAUUGUGCCCGGCUUUGCUGUCUAACCCAGCUUUGCGGAAGCAGCGAGCGGUGGUUUGGUGCGACUACUUCGCCAACGGAGAUGGAGUGAUGAUCGUGCCGGUCAUAGGCACCAAGGACGAUGGCACACAACACUCAGCUGGAUGGCACUACAUGAGACUGCUCCUCACGGAUUCCGGACAUUAUCUACUACCAGUCGAUGAUCAGAGAAAGGUUUCGCAACAUUCCAGGAAGGACAUCGAGCACCACCUGUUCACCUGGACAUCGGAGAUAGAGCAGAGAUGGAGUGAUGUUCGCCACUGCUUCUUGACGAAGAGAGGCGAACACAACAGUCGGGAACGUGAGCGGUGUGAAGUCAGUGCAGGAACUCAGCAAGGCAACACAGCAGACUCGAAUCCAUUGGAGACUACCUCAUCUACUACCUCUGCGGCUGCUUCGCCAGCCUCCACCUCUACGGUGAGAUCGGGAACAUCGAUUACGGCGAGAUCGGAGUCACUCCUCACCUCCAGCGACUUCGAGAAGGACUCAGUUGGUGAUAGUAGUUUUACGUCAGCAGGCUCGAAUCCGAAGACUACCUCCUCUACUACCUCUGGCGUUUUAUACGAUGUUGCUGCACCGCAGUCUGGUCCUUUUAUGUCGAGUGUUGCUGCACCGCAGUCUGGUCCCAAGAUCGCAGGAGUCAGUGGCGACAUUUCUUCCACUGCACUACCUAGCAAGCCGUUUCUGGAUGGCCCACCUAUGACGCCUGAGAACCUGCCGGAGAUCGACAGUUGGUCACUUGAGGGUGACUACCUAGUGCGCCGCCGCAAGGUCCCUCGUCGGAUUCUGUUUACACCGCGGUGCGCUUUGGAUUGCCCUGUGGAUCAUGCUGUGAUCCAAGCAGAGCGCACCACUUACAUGUCGAAAAUUCCCAGGCGACUUGGUGAGGCUGUUCUGCGGGACGACUGGGAGACCGCAAACACUCCCAAUAAGGACAUGGAGCAGCUGUGGAUCGGACGCACUGUUUUCAAGGUGCGGAAGGCUAAGGAGAAGGCAGCAGCGUCACCAACGACUACAGCCAGCGACCUGUCUUUGGAUCCGAAGGACUUUCCUCACUACGACGGUGACAUGUUUCCGGAUCAUUGGAGCGAGGACAAGAAGCUCAAGAUGCAUGAGAAGUACAAGGCCAUUCCUGAAGAGUUCUAUACGAAGUCUGGCAGGAAGCCGAUCACGCCAAGGAAUGUGAAACCUUGGCUGAAAGCAGCUGCUGGCAGGGGCUUGCGAUGGCAGUUCUGGGAACUAUGCUCUGGAAGUGGCCGCCUGAGCUUGAUUCUGAUGACGGCCUCCAUGAUGACUGGCUUUCCCGUGGACUACAGAUACGGCUGGGACAUGUCAUGGCCGGAACAUCAACAGUUGCUACGACAGUGCUAUCAAGAGUUCAUUCCGGCCCAUGUCUUCGCGGCCCCCACAUGCACUCCAUGGACGACCGCAUCAUCGUCCAAGGACCGGGAGAUUCGGAUGCAGGAAAGACAACAUGAACUACCAACACUCGAGUUCCUAUACGAGGUCAUGUUGCAACAGCACAAUGGAAAUUUGGGUUUUAGUCUUGAGCAGCCCUAUGCCUCGGCAAUGCUCAUCGACAGCCCGAUCUCUCGGCUCAGAGACAUUGUGGGUGUGCGCGCAUGGCGCACCGAUCAGUGCAUGCUUGGAGCUCGCGACGAAAAGAAUGCUCCCGUUCGGAAGUCCACGGCCAUCCUCAGCAACCGUCGGUGGCAACAAGUGAUCAAACGUUGUGACAACCACCGAGGUCAGCCACAUGGAGUUCUACAAGGUCAAGUCAGAGGAAUCAAUCGCACGGCCAUGGCAGCAGUGUAUCCCAAGCGGUUGUGUCAGCUGUAUGGUCAGGACCUAUGGAGAAUUCUGCGAAAGGACGUGGUGAUGUCCUGCAAGCCUUGGCCACAUCAGCUAGUGUGGACACACUCCAUGUACUACUCCUGCGAGCGAUGUCAACUCGGACGAUCAGCCCCUCCAGGCGUCGAACACAACCUGAUUCCGGGACAGUGCCGUUAUGGACAGCCUGGCAUGCGGCGAACACGAGCGCCGCGGACUGCUCCACCGGAGCCACCACCUGAGGUACCACCAGCGCCAGAAGAGCCAACGGCUCCUGUUACUACGACUACGCCAACCGCGGAAGGCUCCACGGCACUCAAGAAAACAGACCUGGAAGACGCCACGGGGCCCUUCAAGUUUCUUGCUCGCAACGGCGACUACACUCGUGUGGCCUUGGACUGUGAUCGGAGUCUGCCACUCACUAUGGAGCAGCGGUUGUUCCUCAAGGCAGCGCUCCUUCAAAUGCUUCGCACGUGCAUCGACAUCUUCAACAAGAACACCUCCGUCGACUAUGACCACUGGCUGGAGGACCCGAUUUUGCUGCAAGUAUUCCAGGAGAUCUUCCAGCAGCACUUCUCGGUCCUCGGAGUGAUGUGCUCACUCCGGCCCUGGCGACGCAAGGUUCCAGACCCUUAUCUCAGCUCGGCAUGUGCCCCUUUGCGGUUGCUCGUCAGUGGCAACAUGCAGAAGUGGCACGUUCAUGCCAUUGAAGACAUGCGUCUCAUGAGCCACAGCCAAUUGCACGCGGCCGUCGACGAGGCGGAUUGGCACUUUCACUUUUUUGGUGUCAAGGAGGGCGACUCUGGUGCCGAUCUCCUUCGUCCAGAUCUUGGAGAUCCUGAUGGCCCGCGCGGUUCUUCUUCCCGGGCUGGCAGGCCAGCGGCUCCGUACCCAUCGGAUCCGUCCGAAAGAAAGAAUGAUGGGAGGAGUGUUGCUGCCACUGACCCGGAACUUCAUGCACCACCACCGGAAGCGGAAGCAGAUGGCAGCGAACCGGCACCGGCAGGUUCAGGUGCAGCAAUGGAUGAGGAAGAAUUUGAGGCGGUUCGGCCGGAAGCCGACGGUGAAGAAGGAGAUAAAGUACUGAAGCCGCUGUUCGAUUUCAAGAAGGCCGGUGUCUUCGUUACCAUGUCGGGCAUCCAGGAGCAGAGCUUUGCAUACCUGCGGAAGUUGGUGGAGCAGCUGUCACCAUACAAGACAGUGAUUGUCGGUCGCGGAGAAGAAAGAGGAGCUGAUCUCGUGGCGCAAGGCCUCUACCACCUCCCUUUCUUUCCAAGAGACCUG